AUGAACCACAAAACACAGGAUGAAAUCAUCACUAAUACUACUUCUACUAUCACAGCCGCAACCAAUAAAACUCACAACGCAAUAAAAAUAUCCGGUGACAGAACUGUUAUUGAAUGGUUGAUCAAUGGAAAGUGUAUUAGAACAUUUGUUUUCUCCAACAAUAAUAUGGAUAAACAAAUACAAAUAGAUGAAUAUAAUGAUUUUGUUUUACUCAAUAACAAUAGUAAUUAUAUUAUUAAAGCUGGAUUUAUAAACUUUUAUGAUAACCAAGAAUGUUUUGUAAUAAUAUUAUCCCACUUUGCUUAUAUAUACUAUCUUUCAAAAAGUUUAUCUUCACACUAUGUUUUCAACAAAAAUAAUCUUUCUUCAACAUUCAGUUCAAUAGAUAUUAAACCAUCUUUUACUACAAUAAAUGACAGUCUGAUAGUAAAUUUUCCAUUUCCAAUAGAUAAAGCGUUUUGGUAUUCAAAUGGCAUAGUAUUACAAACAUUAAAUAACAACAGCUUACAAUAUAAAUGGAUAACAUUUACCGAUCCUAUGUCUCCUUUUGGUAACAUUCAAAUAGAUUCUAAUUUUAUUACUGAAAAUUUGUUUAAUACUUAUUAUUAUAAAAACAUUUCACCUGCUGAUAUGUUACAUUUCCCUAAAAAUGAUGAUUCAAAUAUCACCGUUAUCUUCGAUAAAAUAUCUUCUCAACUUUUAUUUUUCUAUACAAAAAUACGAAGUAGUCCAAAUAAUACAAGUAGUAUACAUUCCACUGGUACAACUACUAUAAACCAAUCAAAUAAAAGAAAAAUGUCUUUCUUAAAGAAAAGGGAUGAUCUAUUAACAGAUUAUCAUAAAAAUUCUUCCAAUUUUAACCAAAAUAGUGCACCAGCAAACAACACUGUCAAUAAAAGGAAUAUAUCAGCAACUAUUGAUAGAAUGAGUAGUGGGAUCAAUAUGACUCUUUCUCAUACUACAGACAUCUCCAAAAAUAUGACUAAUAGUAGUAUACACACAGAUAAUGGUUUACCAGAGGAACUUAUCGGUGAUAUUCCAAACCAAUCCCAUUUUCAAACAAAAGAUGUCACUUUGGUUCAAAUAUCAACCAUAGUGAUACCCUCCAUUAUCAAUCCAAGUUCUAUGUCAUUAAAAUGUCUUUCUUUGUUUUUUGAUAAAAAAGAAAUGAUUUUAGUAUUUGACCCUAUGACUAAAUAUAUAAAAAUAUGGUGUAUUAAUAUGAUACCAGAUGUUAUAAACUCCAUUCAAUUUAAAAAGUAUGGUAAUUCACCACCCAAUUUAAUAACCUUAGAAGAUUUACCGGUGGAUGAUAUAUUUACCAAAAACACAAUUUCAAAUAUUAUACCAUUAGAUAUCGACAUGAAUGAAAAUAUAAAAUAUUCUGAUAUUAUACAUUCUACUUUAAUUAUAAAAUUUGAUAAUAAAAGUUUUAUAUUUUAUAAUCCAUUCCUAAAGGUAUAUUCUCCAUUAUUUUCAAAAAUGAAUACACAUGUUAGCAUCAUUACUAUGUUCCCUCAAUCAUCUUUCAUGAAAUCAAUAUUCAAUGCAUUAAGUCUCAUUAUAGAACAAUCAAUGUACUACAAAUUAUUUUAUUUAUGGCAAUAUUUAUAUUUUAAUCAAGAUAAUAACACAGAUAAUAUAGCCGAAGAAUUUCAAAUAUUUACAGAUAUUUUACUGGCGUUGAUAUAUGCAAAAACUGAUGAUUCAAAAAUUCCAACCUAUAUUACAUCUUUAUCACUUUUUCAAGCAUUAGUGCGUAAUCACGAUAUUCAGGUAAUUUUACCAAAAAUAAUAAUGGGAUUACAUUUAAUUAGUGAAGAACUAUAUUUAAAUAUUCUUAAUAAAAAUAAAAAGAUAAAAUUAGAUGAAUUCUUAUCUAAUGCUAUUCAAUUAAUGAAUUGGCCACGUCCCUGGAAACUCUACUAUAAAAGUAAAGGCCACACGGAUAUUUUUUUACAUAUUAAGAAUAAAUUUCCGUUUGCUCAUCCUCUAGACGAACCACCGUCUAUUAUGAAAUCGUUAUAUAGCAUAAUUGAAAAUAGUCAAAUACCAGUGACUCCUUUUAUAAGCUUUGCCAGAUUAAUAGAAACAAACGACUCUACCAUUGACCUUCUCAUAACUCCCUGUUGUUUCAAACUAUUGAGCUUAUACGAGUUUAUUCAUUCCUCUAAAUUUAAUACUAUAUAUAAUAAUGAACAACAGCCUUCCAUUAUGACUAUAUUAAAAAAAUUAAAUAUAGAUAAAUUAGAAAUUGAAUUGUACCCAUUAGCCAUACACAACUUGAUAAAGAAAUUACUUAAUGAAUAUGAAAAAAAUAUUACUUCUCCUAAUAUGGGAAUUGAUUUAUCUUUAAUCGAAAGACCUGAUAUUGCAAGAUCAAUUAGUUUAGUGGGUAGAAAAAGAUACCCAAGAGAAACGAGACUAGAUUCAAACAAACAACAUGGUGUAAUUAAUACUUCUAUAAAUAGAUAUGGAUCAAGCAUCCAUUCAUCAAAAAUAUUUAUAUCAGCAGCACACAACCCCCCCAAGUUACAACCAACAUCCUAUAGCAUUUAA